AUGGAUAACAACACUCAAGCUCUGGUCUUGCUGAUCAAGCGUCAAGUCUUGCAAAUGAGACAGCUCCGCCAGUUCCAAUGGUCUUUGCCCGAAGGAACCUCAGGAGAGUCAACAAUUACGCCGUCUGUUACGAGUCCCGAAGUUCAACAGGCCAUCCUGGACCAGAAACUUAUCUUAAUGAUUGAGAGCGAGGGAAUCCACGACAUCUCGGACGAUAUGUUUGAAGUCUUUACCGAUCUCAUGAUGGUCGCGCCUAAAAGACCUGAGAAUGGCGGUCCACCGUUAAAACCCUGCUUUAAGUCGUACAGCUUGGACAGAUCGUGCAACAAGGUCGUGACAGUCAUGGAGGAGCAAACCACCAUCUCGGCUGGAACAACCGGACUCAGGACAUGGGAGGCAAGCUUUUGGUUGGCUGAGCAUCUCAUUGCACAUCCUGAACUAUUGGCUGGAAAGAAUGUGGUCGAUGUUGGAUGCGGCGUUGGCUUUCUGGGAAUCGCCUGUGCUCUCCUCGGCGCAAAGAAGGUCGCUCUGACCGAUGGCAACCAUGAUGUCUUGGCUAUGGUGCAACAGAACAUCGGAUAUAACAACGUUCCUUGCUCCACAACAGCAAGUCUCCUUGACUGGGAAAGCUUCACGGACGAGCAGAUCGCGGCCCUGGAAGCACAAGUUCUCAUCUUGUCUGAUCUGACCUACGAUCCAACAAACAUUGUGCCGCUGGUGUCGGUCCUGAAGGCGCUCCUGGUCCGAGGUGUGGAUGCCUACAUGUCAUCUGCGAUCCGCAACCCACAGACGUUUGUCGACUUUUUCAUACGCAUCCGCGAAGAGUGCGUGGGUGUUCAGAUUGACGAGAUCCCUUUGGAAGAUACCGAGCACCUCUUCUUUUUUGACGAGGGGACCGUGCAAACAGUCAAGGUCUUUCAUCUUCACUUUCCUUAG